AGAAAAAUCCCAAACUUUGCAUCUGUUGACCAGAUCACUCAUACAUGAAACAUUUUUCUUUGGAAGUAGAGAGGAAGCAGCACACAGCAGAUCACUCUCAUUUAUACGUUCUACACUGAGAAGAUCAAGAUGUGGCCCCUAUUCUGCGUUUUCUGCCUGCUUAAUUUUAUUGGCAGCAAUAUUAUUAAUGGGCAGACAGCAUGUUGUGGGCCACCCGGUCCAGCUGGUCGUCCUGGGACACCUGGGACACCUGGGAAACCUGGGAGCUCCGGAUCUGGCCCACCUGGUGACUCUGGGACACCUGGGACACGUGGGGAACCUGGUGCUGGACUUCCUGGUCAAAAAGGAAGUUUGGGUCCUAAAGGAGAUACUGGACCACGUGGACUACUUGGAGGACCUGGAGUUUGCCAGGAUUGUGGAAGCAAGGACUACACAGCCUUAACAGUGAGAUUUUCUAAGUUCGAGCUGGUCAUAAACUUUGACUUUGUCCGGAGAGUUGGUCAGAAAUACUUUGUGUCCAACAAGAAGACAGACUCUUUCUCCACUGCCGUCGAGUUCUGCACCCAACAAGGCUUGGAGCUGGCUUUGCCCCUGAGCGAGGAGGAGAACAGCAAACUGACUCAAGUGUUUGGGGUACAUUUAAAAAAAGCCUGGAUCAACGUCAACAAUAACAGAGCUGAGGGGAAUUUUCUGACUGAUAUGAAGAACCAACCUCUGACCUUUACCAAAUGGGGAGAAGGGCAGCCAGACAAAUCCAUCCAGGGUACAGGCUGCACCAUGCUGUCAGAAAAUGGUGUCUGGCAGGUGACAUCCGAAUGCUUUCAGAAUAAUUACAUCAUAUGUCAGAUAUAAAAAGGUCACACUGCAAUUUAACUUUUCUUCUGUAUGUUUUAUGUUGGUAGAAAGUACUAUAUUACUGUCUGAAAUGGAAGAAGUUGGCAAAAAAGUAUGCCUUUUGUAUUCUCCCAUAUUAAUAUCUGUGAACUAAUCAAUCAAAAUGUAAACUGCUUCAAUGAUUCAGAUUAGGACAAACUGCUUUUAGACAGUUUUACUUUCUGGUGUAACCGUUUCAUAAACCAUGCUUGUGAUAUGUCAAUCUCAUUAAAAGUGUUGAACUGCUUCAGCA